CAAUAUCGAGAAAAUUUUCAGGGCGCUAUCAUCCUGUGCCCUAAUAAUAAAAAUAACAUAGAAAAUAUUAAGGAAAAGUGUAAAAAGAGAAUUUGCAAACACGUGGAUAAUUUCUUUACAAAAUAAAAAGUAGUAAAUAUUAAGUUUUUUUUUUGUAUAUUAAGUUUGCAUACAAAAUGUCACGUAAGAAGUGGACCUCAUUGGAAAAACCACCGUUAUCUAAGCCCGUAUUAGAGGUUGUUGAAAGUAUGGGUUUUGAAUUUAUGACACCUGUUCAGGCUGCUGCUAUACCGUUACUUUUGUCACGCAAAGAUGUUUCUGCGGAGGCUGUAACUGGCUCAGGAAAAACAUUAGCCUUUUUAGUGCCUUUAUUAGAAAUGUUAAGUCGAAGGCAUAAUGAGUCGCCGUGGACUCCCAAAGAAAUUGGCGCUAUAAUUAUCUCACCCACAAGAGAAUUGGCUUUACAAAUCUCGGAGGUAUUGCAAGUCUUUUUGACUCAUGAGCAGCUAAAACACUUACGUCAAAAACUUAUAGUAGGUGGAGGCAGCAUAGAAGAGGAUAUAAAAUCCGUACAGAACGAGGGGCCAACCAUAUUAGUAUGUACGCCCGGACGUUUGGAAGAUUUAUUCCAACGAACGGGUACCUUAAACUUAGCUGGCCGCGUCAAAAGUCUAGAAUUUUUGGUUUUAGAUGAAGCCGAUCGUUUAUUAGAUUUGGGUUUUAAAACAACUAUAAACAAUAUAUUAGGUUUUUUACCACGCCAAAGACGCACUGGAUUGUUUUCGGCCACCCAAACGACAGAGGUUACCGAUUUAAUAAGAGCUGGCCUUAGAAAUCCGGUAUUGGUUUCAGUUAAAGAGAAAUCCACUAUUAAUACUCCGUCACGUUUACAAAAUUUUUACAAGAUUGUAGAGGCUAGUGAUAAAUUUAUUGCAUUAUUGGAUUUCCUCAAUUCUCCUAGCAUUCAAGAAGCGAAAAUAAUGAUCUUCUUUCCGACUUGUGCUUGUGUGGAGUACUGGGCGGGAAUAAUGCCUCACUUUCUCAAGCAACGUUUAAUUUUAAGUACGCACGGCAAAAUGAAGAAUAAACGUAAAAAUGUGAUAGAACGUUUUCGGAAAGAGGACAGAGCUAUACUUCUAUGUACCGAUGUAUUGGCCAGAGGUUUAGAUGUACCCGAAAUUGAUUGGGUUAUACAAUGGGAUCCCCCUUCCAAUGCGGCAAGUUUUGUGCAUCGAGUGGGACGUACAGCUCGCCAAGGUAAUGAAGGCUAUGCUCUAAUAUUCCUCUUACCCAACGAAGAUGCGUAUGUGAACUUUUUGAAGAUUAAUCAAAAAGUGGAGCUAAACCCCUUAGGAAAUGAAAGCAGUCAGGGACAAGUAGACUUGAAGACAGUCUUGGCGAAGUUGCAUAAACUGCAAAUUAACGACAAAUCAAUUUUUGAUAAAGGCAUUCGAGCGUUUGUUUCCCAUAUAAGAGCCUACACGAAGCACGAAUGCAAUGCCAUUUUACGUUUGAAAGAUAUGGAUUUGGGUAAAGCAGCUACUGGUUAUGGAUUGUUGCAAAUGCCGCGAAUGCCAGAAUUGAAAACUUUAAAAGCGGAUAACUUUAUAGGACCAGAUUUUGAUGUAGAUGUACAAAAAUUAUCUUACCGCAAUCCACAGAAAGAACAAGCGCGUCAAGAAAAAAUCCGAGCCUAUGAAGAAACUGGUCAAUGGCCAACGAAGAAAAAACAUAAAAAACUUACCGAAUCAUGGGAGCAAAGUAAAAAAAAUAAAUUGGAAGGUAAAACUAAAAAAGAGCUUCGCAAAGCGAAGAAACUGCGUAAAAAGGAAACCGAGGCAGGUGAAGAGCAAAAAGGGAAAAAACGUAAAACGCAUUACACUCAGGAAGAUUUGGAACAAUUGGCAAAUGAUUUGAGAUUAUUUAAAAAAUUAAAAAGGAAUAAAAUUUCCGAUGAGGAUUUUUGUAAAGAAAUGGGUAUCGAAGAUGAAUAAGAAUAAAAACAAUAU